UUCCGUUUCCGCCUCAUUAUCCAAAGCACAGCUGCGUCUUUAUACUCUGGACUGAAAAAAAAUGAGUGUGUCGACACCUGGCUGGCUCGACAAACGAUUUAACCUGCUUGUUUGUGCCUGGUCGCUGAAACCCAGUGGCUGUUUUCGUCAAGGAUGAGGAUGCCAUGUGUUUUGGCCGCGGCUGUAAACGUAGCAAGCUUGCAAAGUGAGCCAAGGCUGUUAGCCCGAUAGCCACCGUUAGCUUAGCCAGCCUGCUGCCGCCUCCUCCGCCGUACUGGCUGACACACAAAGCAUCAUCUCAUGAGCAGGGUCAGCACCAUGAACCUGUUACGCCUUGUGUGUCGCCACAAGACGGCUCUAGUAAUUGGCAGCGUGUGCACCUUUGCCAUAGUCCUCAUCUUCCUGGCCAAAUGCACCUCGGACACUCUAAAACAGGGUCAAGCAGACCUUCCAGGCCUAGCCCCCCGUGUUCAUGCUCUGCAGCCCCAUCCAGAGCACCACAACCCUCCCACCAGAUCCAAGGACCUGUCUGCCUUCCUGGUGGUCCUCAUCACAACUGGACCAAAAUACACAGAGCGCAGGAGUAUUAUCCGCAGCACAUGGCUGUCGAAGCGGGACCCUGAUGUUCUGGCCAUGUUUGUGGUGGGAACUGAGGGGCUUUCCAACGAGGACCUUCUCAACCUCAACACAGAGCAAGGGCGUCACAAAGAUCUGCUCUUGUUGCCCGAGUUGCGGGACUCUUACGAGAACCUAACGCUGAAGCUGCUGCACAUGUACUCCUGGCUGGACCAAAAUGUGGACUUUAAGUUUGUCCUCAAAGCAGAUGACGACACCUUCGCCCGCUUGGACCUCCUCAAAGAAGAGCUGAAGGGGAAAGAGCCAAACCGGUUGUACUGGGGUUUCUUCUCAGGUAGAGGGCGGGUGAAAACAGCUGGGAAAUGGCGGGAAAGUGCUUGGGAGCUGUGCGACUACUACCUGCCCUACGCGCUGGGCGGUGGCUACAUUCUGUCGGCUGACCUGGUACGCUAUGUGCACCAAAAUACUGGCUACUUCAAGAUAUGGCAGAGCGAGGACGUGUCACUGGGUGCCUGGCUGGCACCAGUGGGCGUGCGACGGACACAUGACCCACGCUUUGACACAGAGUACAAGUCACGUGGCUGCAACAACAAAUACUUGGUAACACAUAAGCAGAGCCUGGAGGACAUGUUGGAAAAGCAUCAAACUCUGCAGCGGGACGGCAGGCUCUGCAAGGAAGAAGUCAAGCUGCGAUUGUCCUACGUGUACGACUGGAGUGUGCCACCCUCACAGUGUUGCCAGAGGAAGGAUGGCAUCCCCUAACAUUUUGUCCUUUUUUGACAUUUGAACCCUUUUGGCCUUGUUAUUUGGACCCGUUGUCAUGUCAGUGCUUUCCCUACCCUCAGUCUACCAUGUUGAUGGCCUGCUCCACAUCUCCAUCUGUGCUUCUGCUAUCAUACUCGUAGCUAAACAUUCUCAGAAACUCAGAUGUGUGUAAUGGUGAUUUCAGUGAGUUCUGAGGUAGAUAAUGGAGGGAAACACUAAUAGGUUCUCACCAUGCUAUGAUGUCGACGUUUGUUUUGUGACAGCUACAUUUUUGUCAUAUUUUAUUUAUUGUUAAUUUAUUGCAGAAGUGCAGAAAACACACUGGUAUUACAGCCGAACAGAAGCACAGCGGACACGUUUGCUACUUGUGAGUUAAAUUUUAUUGUAUAAACAUUUUUCGGAAAGUAGCACUCCAUUUACAGAGGGAAUGGACAAGAAAUGAUCAUUAUUAAUGUAACACCUUUGUUUACUAUCAGUGAUACAGAAAGUUUAAUGUGUUUGGAGUUACACUAAAUGUGUAUUAGAACAUGGUUGAAUGUGCCAUGUUCCAGGUCUUGUUCCUUCUAUUGGAUCCUCUACAGGAUCUGUGAUGAUACAUUAACAAGGCAACAGUCAACACUUGAUAUAGAAUACCAGCUGGCACUUGGUCACUUUUUUCAACAAGCAAUGUAAUUUUAAUGUCCAAAAACAAUUGUCUAAUGAAUUGUUUUCUUUCCAACGUUGAGCUCUCCAGCCUGAACUCACCCUUCAGUGUCAAAAGCUGUGUCCCAAAACCUUGAGUUGUUUGCAGCGUUGACUGGGAGGGAGGGGUUGUUGGAGAUCUGGUUGAAUAUUGCGGAAUGCUGCAAAAAAGAGCCGCCUCCAUGCUUGUUUUUAUGACUGCUGCUAUAAGUUUUGUCGUGCAUUAAUGACAUGACUGUUUUGUCACUGUUUUCUCUAGCAGUUUGAAUCCCACACAACCUGAGUUUUGUUUCCAAAAUGGUCAGCCUGCCUGGAUGUUUUAUUAAAUGUUUUUUAAUGUAUUCUC